AUGGCCUCCACCUUCAAUCCCCGAGAAUGUAAACUAUCCAAACAAGAAGGGCAAAGCUAUGGCUUCUUCCUGAGAAUUGAGAAGGACACCGAUGGCCACCUGGUCCGAGUGGUUGAGAAGGGUAGCCCAGCAGAGGAGGCUGGCCUCCAGGAUGGAGACAGAGUUCUUAGGAUCAAUGGUGUCUUUGUGGACAAGGAGGAACAUAUGCAGGUUGUGGAUCUGGUCAGAAAGAGUGGGAAUUCUGUGACUUUAUUAGUUCUAGAUGGGAAGUCCUAUGAGAGAGCCAUUAAAAAACAGGUAGACUUGAAGGAGUUGGGUCAAAAUCAGGAGCCAAGUUUAAGUGAUAAGGAGUUGCCCCUGGUGAGGAAUGAUGGAGCAGAGACUUGGACCCAGCCUCGACUGUGCUACCUGCUGAAGGAGGGGAACAGCUAUGGCUUCUCUCUGAAGACUGUCCAAGGUAAAAAGGGAGUAUACAUGACUAAUAUAACACCUCAAGGUGUGGCUAUGAAAGCUGGUGUCCUAGCUGAUGAUCGCUUGAUUGAAGUGAAUGGAGAGAAUGUAGAAAAUGCCAGCCAUGAGGAAGUGGUGGAAAAGGUGAAGAAGUCAGGGAGCCGUGUUAUGUUCUUGCUGGUAGACAAGGAAACUGACAAGCACUACAGGGAGCAGAAGAUACAGUUCAAGAGAGAAACAACCAGUUUAAAACUGCUACCCCACCAGCCUCGGGUUGUGGAGAUGAAGAAAGGCAGUGAUGGCUAUGGGUUCUACCUGAGGGAUGGCCCAACACAGAAAGGUCAAAUUAUCAAGGACAUAGAUUCUGGAAGCCCAGCAGAGGAGGCUGGCCUGAAGAACAAUGAUCUGGUAGUUGGUGUCAAUGGCGACUGUGUGGAAGCCCUCGAUCAUGACAGUGUGGUGGAAAAGAUCAGGAAGGGUGGAGAUAAAACAUCACUGUUGGUGGUAGACAAGGAGACAGACAGUAUGUAUAAACUGGCUCAUUUUUCUCCAUUUCUCUACUAUCAAAGUCAAGAAUUGCCCAAUGGUACUGUCAAGGAGGCUCCAGCAACUUCUCCUGCUCCUCUGGAGGUCACAAGCUCAGGCUGUUCAAAAGGGGAACAGCCUCCUACCGGGGAAGGAGAGCAGAAGCCCAAACUCUGCAGGCUGGUGAAAGGCGAAAACGGCUAUGGCUUUCACUUAAACGCAGUCUUGGAUCUGCCAGGCUCAUUCGUCAAAGAGGUACAAAAGGGCAGCCCUGCCGACCUGGCGGGGCUGGAAGAUGAAGAUGUCAUCAUCGAAGUGAAUGGGGUGAAUGUACAGGACGAGCCCCAUGAGAAGGUGGUGGACAGAAUCCAGAGCAGUGGGAAGGACGUUAUACUCUUAGUCUGUGGAAAGAAGGCUUAUGAUAACUUCCAGGCUAAGAAAACCCCUAUCGUUUCUUCCAUGGCUGACCCACUGGAUGCUCCCCCUGAUUCCAAAGAAGAAGCACUGGCAGAGUCAGAGCCUGACUCUCACACAGCAAGAGAACGAGCCCACAGUACAGCCUCCCAUUCUUCCAAUUCUGAGGAUACAGUGAUGUGA